AGGAGGAAGGAAGACCAGGGUUGCGUCGUCGUCGACUGCAGCCUUGCGUGACAACACUAGACCGGAUUCUUGCUUCUGGUAUAGCAAUUUUUUCCUCGACAAUUUGGUCUUCUCGAAGGGGACCAAUCUUAUAUAUACACAAUUCAUCGACCCGUCGAUCAGUGUGAAUGAAGUGUUCUGUUUGGUGUUCUAAAGUGGAUAAAGUUACGGAAAACCUUCUAAUGGAGGCUUGCUGGGCAAAAUGGCUGGGCGCACUGAAAUGUGAAACGUAAGGUUAGCAGAAAUAACUGGUGCGCAAGGGCGUUUUUAUAAUCCAUUACACGUAGAAAGACCGUUUAUUUUCACCUCUGGAUACAAAAUAUAAUUGUAUCCCAUGCGUUGGGAUUGAAUUUUAUUGUGGAUACCUGCAUUUGUCGACAGUUAGUGUUUUUGUUUUUCUCCAUCCGAUUUCUGCUUGACUGAUUUGGCAGUGUUACUGCAUUGUGUUAUUGUCUCGUCGGUCAGCUGUGGGUUUGAACUGCUGAGAAAAAAUACACGAAGCAACAGAGCACAAUUCAGAAGUUUGCUUUGGUGUAACAAUAAUUUCAUUUUUUGACAGAGACCGACUUGGAUGCCGUGUACUAAUAACUAAUCUACAUUAAUUCGCAACAAUCGGCAAUAUUGAUAUUCGACACGCAAAUUGAGUUAACACUCGAAACCUAUAUAUAUAUAUUUUUUUUUCCAACAAUUGCCAAACUAUUAUAAAACAGACACUUUUUCAGUUACCCUUGGACACUGCAUUUUUUUUGUUCAGGUAAAUACUCCUAAUUAAACCUGCAAUCAUGGGUGAAUUCCUGAAAUACAUUGACUACGACCACAAGACAAGCUUCCUGAAGAUGUUGAACCAGCAGAGGAUGGAAGGGGACCACUGUGACGUCGUGGUUGUGGUUGAAAACGUUGAGUUCAGAGCUCACCGCUGUGUCCUGGCCGCCUGCAGCAUCUACUUCAAAAAGCUGUUUAAAAAACAGAACGACGUGGACAACUCCAUCGUGGAGCUCGACUUCAUCCGUUCCGACAUCUUCGAGGAGGUCCUCAACUACAUGUACACUGCCAGGCUCGCCGUCCGCAAAAAGGACAUCAACCUCAUGAUGUCAUCCGGCCAGGUCCUGGGGAUCGCCUUCCUCGACAACCUGUGUUCACAGAAGCGUGAGCCCAAUAUGAAGCUGAGUCGUGAGAACCAGGCACCGGGGGACGGUAUGAGGGCCCAGGACGCCAUUUUGAAAGAACUGGCAAUGGAGGAGGUGAGGAAGAACAGCUUCUACGAUGGAGGGAUGGAGGCCAUGGGCUCUGGGGGGCCUCACGGGGUCCCUCCUCACUUCGGAGGUAACAUGUCUAAAGACCCCCACAGCGCCCACGGCUGGACCUCCUCCUCCUCCUCCUCCAGCGAUAUGAAGCUAGACUACCUGCUGUAUGGCCAUCGCUCUGACGGCAUCCACCCGGGAAUGAAACCAGGCGGAGACGGCCCCAAGAAAGACAAGUCUCACCUGGCCCACCGUCCGUUCGCUUGCGAGGUGUGCCCCAAAACCUUCACCACCCAGGCCCACCUCAAAGAGCACCUGAAGAUCCACACGGGCUUCAAGCCGCACCGCUGCCUUGUCUGUGGCAAGGCCUUCAUACGAGGGCCCGACUUAAAGCGCCAUGAGAGGGUCCACAGCAACGAGAGGCCCUUCGGAUGCCAGAUGUGUGAAAAGGCCUUCAAGCACAAGUCCCACCUGCGAGACCACGAGCGGCAACACCGAGGGGAGAGGCCCUUCAACUGCGGCUCCUGUGACAAGGCGUUCAUCAAAGCGUCGGACCUGAAGCGCCACUGGAACACGAUGCACAGCCAGCGCAGAACGCUGUCCCCGGCUGCAGCAGCCGCCGCCACAACCCCGGGCAGCAUCCAGGGAGACACCGACACGCAGAGCCAGAGGGACUGGAAGUUAGAGGCUGGGCCUCACUCGUAAGGAGGGACACACACACACACACACACACACACCAUGCAUAUAAAGUGACAGACUCACACACACACCAUGCAUAUAAAG